AUGCCAAGCCCCAAUAAGAAGAGAAAGCUCAAUGACCAGUCCUCGUCCGGAGUGCCGUCACGGGGACUGGAAUACUUCUUCUCAAAGCAAAAGCAGAGUGGGACAUCUUUGAUCAGGGGCGCUCCAAACUCGACACCAGAGGCUACACCAAAUCACUCGGGCUUGGGAGAUCAGCAGCAGGAUUUGACGGAUGAGGAAUUGGCACGGAAACUGCAAGCCGAAUGGGACGCCGAGGUUCACAACGAAAGGGCAGGCUCAACGCCAUGUCCAGAACCCGCAAAGGAGCCCAAUCCGCAGUUGCAAACAAGCAGGGGAGUACAUUCCGCAGACGAGCAGGACGUCGGCAACCCCUCGACGAGUCUUGAUAUCAUCCCGGACGCGCCGAAGAAGAACACCUUGUCAUUGUCUUCUGUGGCCAACGCCGAAGAUAUUGUUGCAACGGCCAUUCCCCUCGACCAAAGCCCCCUAACUUUCGAUCCGUCAGAGUUUGUCCCUCAGCUUAAAAAACACUGGGCUUCGGAGGGUGGCCAUGCAUCCUACGCCUUCCUGACCCGAUGCUUCAUCCUGGUGAAUGCUACGCAAAGCCGCAUCAAAAUCGUGGACACCCUUGUCAACUGCAUCCGAGUCUUGAUUGAAGCCGAUCCCGAGAGUCUGCUGCCAGCCGUAUGGCUUGCGACGAAUGCCAUCUCACCCCCUUACAUCUCCCUGGAGCUUGGUUUGGGGGGUUCGGCGAUCUCCAAGGCUCUCAAGCAAGUGUGCGGGCUAGAUAGUCGGGCUCUAAAGACAAUUUAUGACAAGUACGGUGAUGCGGGAGACGUUGCGUUUGAGGCCAAGAAGAAGCAGAGUUUUACCCUGCGGAAGCCGAAGCCCCUGACCAUUAAGGCGGUCUAUCAGUCGCUGGUCAAAAUCGCCAACAGCCAAGGUCAAGGGAGCGGGGAGGCCAAGCAGAAAAUCGUGGAUCGACUUCUCCAAGAUGCUCGUGGUGGUGAAGAGAGCAGGUAUAUCGUACGGACUCUCUGUCAACACCUGCGUAUCGGUGCUGUGAAAACCACCAUGUUGAUCGCUCUUUCACGUGCCUUUCUGCUAUCAAGACCACCAGGAGCUGAGUUUUCCUUGCGAUCCACGAAAGAUCUCCAAAGGUUGAAAAAGGAAGAACUGGCUGAAGUGUGGAGUAGGCCGGAGGAAGUUGUCAAAGCCUGCUUCGCGCGACGUCCCAACUACAACGACCUUGUGCCCGUCUUGUUGGAAAUCGGCAUCUGCGAUGAGCUUUUACUUCGUUGCGGUUUGACUUUGCACAUCCCCCUACGGCCCAUGCUGGGUAGCAUUACCAGGGAUCUCUCCGAGAUGCUUACGAAACUUCAAGGCCGAGAUUUCGCCUGUGAGUUCAAGUACGACGGCCAACGUGCCCAGAUUCACUGCGACGAGGAAGGCAAAGUCACAAUCUUCUCACGUCAUCUGGAGCUAAUGACUGAAAAGUAUCCUGAUCUGGUUGCCCUGAUGCCCAAGAUACGAGGCGAAGGCGUGGACAGCUUCAUCAUGGAGGGCGAGGUAGUGGCUGUGGACAGUGAGACAGGAGAGCUCAAAAACUUUCAAACCCUGAGCAACCGCGCGCGGAAAGACGUUGCUAUCGGAAGUGUACAGGUCAACGUGUGCAUGUUCGCCUUCGACCUCAUGUUUCUCAAUGGCCAGCCUCUGCUGGAUCGUCCAUUUCGAGAACGAAGAGAGCUUCUUCGUUCCAUGUUCAUCGAGAUUCCCCACCAAUUCACCUGGGUCAGGACCCUCGAUGCAACUUCGCAAGACUCCGAUGCCGUCCUGGAGUUUUUCAAAGCGGCCACCGACAUCAAGUGUGAGGGUAUCAUGGUCAAGAUAUUGGAUAAUUUGACCGAUGUCCCAUAUCAAGCCAAUGAGGCUGGUGAGGCUGAUGGGGAUGUUACUGAGGAGCCCAGGACUCCUUCAAAGUCCAAAUCAAAGGGCAAAAGUGACAAAGACGAAAAUGGCGGUGUGAAGAAAAAAGGUCGACGGAAACCACUUCUUGCGACAUACGAACCCGACAAGCGUUUGGAUUCGUGGCUGAAGGUCAAAAAGGACUACAAUGCGAGCUUCGACACCUUGGACAUGAUCCCCGUGGCUGCGUGGCACGGAUCAGGCCGGAAGGCCAAGUGGUGGUCGCCCAUCCUCAUGGCCGUCAGGAACGAAGACACCGGCUCUCUCGAGGCCGUGUGUAAGUGCAUGUCUGGGUUCACGGACGCGUUUUACAAAGCGAACAGGGAGUUUUACGACGAUGGCGAAUUGAACGGCGGCGAAAAAAAGAACACGAGGGCGCAGAAGCCGGCAUUCAUCGAGUACUCGGGACCGGGGCCCGAUGUCUGGUUCGAGCCGCAGGAGGUGUGGGAGAUGGCGUUUGCGGACAUCACCUUGAGCCCGACGUACACUGCCGCCAUCGGGUUGGUCAACGAGGACCGUGGGCUGAGUCUGCGUUUCCCUCGGUUCUUGAAGAAAAGGGAGGAUAAGAGUUUGGACGAGGCUAGCACGAACGAGUUUCUUGCUGGGCUAUGGAGGAAGCAGGAGGCGAAGGCGCCACGGCAGGGCGGACAGGGUGAAGAGAAUGAUUUUGAUGAGUGA